AUGCUUAAUAUUCAUUGCUAUAUGAAAGUUAUAGUAAAAAUGGUUGUUGAUAAAGAGGAGCAAGGGGCGCAUGAUCAAGAGCAUGAUCAAAAGCAUGAUCAAAAGCAUGAUCAAAAGCAUGAUCAAAAGCAUGAUCACAAGCAUGAUCAAGAAUACAUGGUAUACCAUCAAAUCGGAAAGAUGCAAACGAACUUGAACGAAUCGGAAUGA